UAGAGAUCUACGUAGGCAGCCAUGUCGUCCGCGAUGGCCAAGAUCGCCGAGCUGGAGGCCGAGUAUGCUCGUACGCAGAAGAAUAAGGCCACCAUGAAGCACCUGUGUCUACUCAAGGCCAAGAUCGCCAAGUUGCGCCGCGAAGUGACGGACGCCGGCUCCAAGUCUGGCGGUGGCGGUGCAGGCGAAGGCUUCGACGUCAACAAGGCCGGCGAUACGCGCGUUGGGCUCGUAGGCUUCCCCUCCGUGGGCAAGUCCACACUUUUGACUAAACUCACUGGCACUUUUUCCGAGUCGGCGUCCUACGAGUUCACAACGCUCACAGCCAUCCCUGGAACGCUCAACUACCGCGGCGCUCGCAUCCAAAUCCUCGACCUUCCCGGUAUUAUUGAGGGUGCCAAGGACGGUAAAGGUCGCGGUCGACAGGUCAUCGGUACAGCUCGUACUUGCAACGUCAUUCUCAUCGUGCUGGACGCCAUGAAACCUGCCACACACAAGAAACUCAUCGAGUUCGAGCUCGAGGGAUUCGGUAUUCGCCUCAAUAAGAAGCCAGCCAACAUGGUUUUCCGUCGCAAAGAGCGUGGUGGUGUUAACUUCCAGACUACCGUCCCACAGACCGAACUGGACGCCGACACGGUCUACCAGAUCCUGCACGAGUACAAGAUCCACAACGCCGAUGUGACACUGCGUGCCGAUGUGACAGUAGACGAAUUCAUCGACCAGAUCGAGGGCAAUCGCGUGUACAUUCCGUGCCUGUACGUGCUUAACAAGAUCGACCAGCUCACGAUUGAGGAGCUGACCAUCAUUGACCAGAUCCCACACAACGUCGUGAUCUCAGCCCACCACGGAUGGAAUCUGGACGAGUUGCUGGAAACGAUCUGGGACUACUGUCACAUGAUCCGCAUCUACACGAAACCGCGAGGCAAACUGCCCGACUACAACGCGCCUGUUAUUCUACACGAGGAGAACCCGACGGUCGAGAAUUUUUGCCAGCGUAUUCACAAGUCACUGCUCAAGGAUUUUAAGUACGCCUGGGUCUGGGGAUCUUCCUGUAAGCACCAGCCGCAAAAAGUCGGCAAGGAGCACCAGCUACAGGACGAAGAUAUUGUGCAGAUCGUCAAGAAGGUGUAAGGAUGGAGCGUAGCAUUC